ACAGGAGCCCAAGGGCCCGUUCCCCUUCUGGAUUCACCUUUCAACUGGAAAGCCAAGGACGCCGUCACCAAACAGCAGAUUAUCCAACAGCGCGAAGAGUUCUGGGCCACCUCCCCGGCUUACGGUGGCCGGCAAGAAAUAUGGGAUGCAUUGCGAGGGGCGUGCGAGGCCGAGGACAUUGCCCUGGCCCGAGCCAUCCUAGAUUCGGCUGGUGUUCGCCUUGUCGACGGUACUCUUCGUGUUGCAUAUGAUGAGCUUGGUCAUCGCUAUGACAUUCCGGCGUUUUGUAUCGCCCUUCCGGUCAAUGUUAUUGGUACGAGG